GUCACGUAACUGAUGAGAAACCGAAGUCGUAGACGCGCUAAUGCUAAAAUUCUCGUGAUGCAAGAGGGGUUUAAACGAAUUAAAACUGUGUUGCCAAGAAUAUGCAAGAAUCGCGUCUUCGCUAGCCGCACCUGUUCCUUAAACUCCCAGUCUGGCGUUUCAUUCAGUCUUACGUGUAUCGCGUUCGCGAUUCCCAGUUCAUCAUCGUCCUACUGUUUACGUGCUCGUUAGUCAUCGAGAUUCGAUACUUCUGGUAACAUCGGACGUUGAAAUAAGAUGUCAACACGAGGAUUCUCAGACAGCGAACUAGGAUCGCCGUUUCGGCGGGCAGCCUCGCUUCGAUUACCGAGAUCAUCGAAUUCGAGCAACGCCAAUCCACAUCGGCUUCAGGUGUCACUGCAUUAUGGGAAAUCGGAAAAAGUCGACGGGAACAAGCCGGUCCGGCCCGCCAGGCACUCCGCACCUGCGAUUGACGCACCUGCGCCGGAAUAUCUCGCCCGAAAUCUUCUACAGCUCGGUUGCCCGGCCGUGUCAAUGCCCACACCUCGUAGCGGAGUAGGGAACGAGCCUCCGCAGAGCAGUGACAGCGAUGAAUAUUCGGCGACGCAUACCCAGCAGCACGGUUCCGGGCAUGGGUACAGCCAAGGGCACGUGGACGGCUACAAGGUGCCCAAAGUCCAGGUGUCGGGGCCAUCAAAUAAUGAUGAAUCCUCUUCCGUCAUCAAUGGGUCUGCGGGGUCCAUCGGAGCACGGUCAGCACCCAGCACGCCUCUUCAAGUAGCCCCCGGUGUGCAACAAGCUGGUCAGCAGUCGAUUAGUGGCUCCCAGCUUACAGUGGCUAGCGCCAAUAACUCGCAGCCACCAAGGAGCCCCAGCCACUCGACCUUGAAAUGUAACGACAGUCAUCUCUCUAAACCGCUGAGCAGAAGUACACCAUCCAUGGCAGCUGGUGGUACCGUGCAGACUCCGGGAAAGGCUGUCAGCAGAUCCUCGUCCACGUCAUCGCCAACGACAACCAGCAGCGCCAGGCAGAAGAAAUUUCACAGGCAUUUCUCUCAGGUGGCUGCGGAUGAACGCGUGUUGAAUUACUACAGCUGUGCGCUGGUAGGCGACAUCCUGCUGCAGGGGUACCUGUACAUCACGCCGAACUACUUUGCGUUCUACAGCAACGUAUUCGGCUACGUAACGAAGCUGCUGAUACCCACGGUUUCCGUGCUGAAGAUCAGCAAGGAGAAGACGGCGCGGAUCAUACCAAAUGCGGUAGCAAUCGCCACGGAAGAAGAGAGGCACGUUUUCUGCUCCCUUCUAUCCAGGGACUCGACAUUCAAGCUGAUGAAACAGGUUUGGGACGCGGCACUCGAGUUGCAACCCGCGCCGACAAUCCUCCCGUUGACCAAAGAGUCGAACCUGCUCCCGCCGGAUACACUGGUCGUCGACGACUCGGAGCUGAACCCCUAUGAGGACGAGUCGAGCAUGUCUGAAAGCGGGACGGACCUGAAUUCCAGGCCGCCGACUAUCUGUACCGAGGCCGACGCCGUUCCGUUGCCAGCCAUCGUUAGGCCCAGUUUACCACCACCCCCAAAAGUGGAACAACCGCCGGUGCCGUUGCUUCCAGCAUCGAGCAAAUCGAAAGUUACCUCGUUCCUGCUAGCAGGCGGAGUGAAAACUAGCACGGUGAUCACCGUGCUGAUAGUCCUCCUAGCAGCUCUGUACGUCUCGGCGGCCCUGAUGAUGAUCCGCAUCGAUAGGCUACACACGGCGUAUCUGAACCACCCGCUCGUAUCGCCGGAGCGUUUCACCCAGGAUCGACUUUUGCAUUAUCUCAAUACAAAUCUCGAUCAAAUAGUCAAGGUGCGGCAAAGCCUGCAAAUGUUGUCGCAGCAGUUCGUGUCGAUGAGCCAGACCGGCGAGACAGAACCGAGCGUAUCCGGCGGUGGAGUGGUCGAGUCGGAGAACGCUCCGAGUUAGCCCCCGACAAGACUAAAUAAUUUAAUCCAACCAAAUAAUAAUAAUAAUAAUAAUACGAGUCCCCGUCGCCUCGCUAGCGUAUGAAGCGUCUCGUAUAAACGCGUCGUCGUUCCUCGACGAGUUAAAUAAAAUCGAACAGGCCGAUUCGAGCGACUGAUUUCGUUCGCUUCAUGACGAUCCUCGAUAGGUAAUUAUUAUAUCGUUAAUGUACCUAGAAUUUACCUGGACAAGCUACAAGAAUAAUAAUAGACAGAGUUUAAAAUAAAAAGAAAACACAAGCAGAACGAAUAAACUGAAAGAUGAAGUAAUUACCGUGAAUUUGAUAGAUCGAGACGAUCCGUAGAUUGGCAGAAGCAUGAUCUUCAGGUCUUGCAAAACUUAAUCAAUGCUUAAAGAUUGAUACGCUAUCGGAGUAACAUUAUUUUAUCAUUUCUUAGCGUGUAAAAUACUGUACGCGAACUUAUUGACAAAUCGACGAAAGAUAUGGGACGAGUGGCUAGCGAAGGAAUUUCGUUCUAUUCUUUUUUAAAACUAGUCAUGUAUCAUAUGUAUAUGCUCCACACGGGACAAGAGUAUAAAUGAACAAAGCGGUAUAUACAUAUAUAAAUAUAAUUAAAGAAAAGGGGAGACUAUGUAUACAUAUAUAUGUAUACACAUAGAGUAAUGCAUAUUUCGCGAUUACUUGUUGAUUAUUACAUAUUGUCGAAGCUACAUAGCUGGAGCACUAUUAUUUGUGAGUGAUAAGGCAGCGAGGAUCAUAGAAUUAUUGAGGACACUUAUUUCGUAGCAAGCUGUGACGAGAAAAAGAAUAUUGAGAAAGCUAACGAGAAAUUAGACGAGCUUGUACGAUGCACCGACGGACUAGUUCGUCGGAUGUCGAGUAUCGCGCCUUUCGAAAGAAAACUUUGCAUUCCCCGCGCACAUUGGUGUUCCUACGAAGAAAAAACACGUAUUUUCUGAUCGUAACGAAACGGUAGCUUUCUUCGUCUCUCUGUUCUUAUUUUUCUUCUCGUUUUAUUUAAGUGCUCGCGAAAUAUGAAUAUAUUUCCGUAACGAUCGCACGUACGUUCUUUUUCUCUAUAUGUGUGGAAGACGCGAUGUAAAACGAAGACGAAGAAGAAGUGUUAUUAUAGUUGCGGAUUUAAAAUACGAGAGAAACACGAGAGACCGGGGAGACUUGACUGUGAUAGUAGGAUCGAGGAUUGCAUUUUGUUAAAACGCGGCCGCGUUCACCAGCCCCCAAUCGAGGGAGAACGUGAGACUGGUUGCCACUGAUCGGACCAAAUACGGGUCGAACGCGGUCGUCUUUACGUGGAUCCGUUCGGCGGAUCUAAAGAGAAGUGCUGUUACAUUAUUUAGCUAAUGUUUAUAAAAGCGACGAAGAAAAAACAAAAAAAAAUACAGUACGCCUGAGUGAAAUUCACUUGGAACGUUUUUCCUUUUCGAUAUAAUUUAUCGUGAUCGAACUAGUUAAUUUUAACGCGACUCCUUUUGCUAUUGUACUCAUUUAUUUUAUUGAGGAGUAUCGAAAAAAAUAUGAAAGAUACAUUUUACUCGUCGAUUUAAUAUACUAAUUUAUUUUCUAGAGUUUGGAGAUCUACGGACUUAUUAUUGUAAAUCUUGUUUUGUAUUCUAUUUUUUAUUUUGACUCGCUGGUAUUUAUAAUUAAGUGUUACAUCGUAUAUGCUUUCGUAGCGCAUGGGAUAUAUUCGAGAAGAGGUGGUGUACUUGUGCCUGGCGUGUGCCAUAAGAGAAACGGUUGCAUUCGGGAAUAAGAAACGCAGAAGCAUACAUGUAUAGUUAAUAAUAUACCGGGAUUUGUUCGUCACUUCGCAUUUUAUAUUCGAUCAAACUUUAUUUGGGAGUUUCAAGAUUUUUAGCGGGAACCAGUCCACAGAUAGCUUCUUUUUUUUCCUUUCCCUCUCCCUUUCACGUGCGAAUACCGUUUGCCUUAAUUGUAAUGUUUCUUAGACACUUUUAGAAACGGAUGCUCAACGGGCGACCCAUUAAUUCUAGAAUGCUGCUUCGUAAAUAGCAGCUCCUGAUUUGUGCUUGUUCGAACGCGUGCGAGAGCUGCCGCCACGAGAAUCGAAUUUGUUGGCUGUACGGUUUCGAGCCUGACGUCAUCGAUCGAACAAUUAGGAAUCUGUAUUGAUUAGGAAUUAUCUUGAAAUUGUCAAUUGUUGCGUACUUUUUUAUGGACAGGUCCCUGAUCUACCAAUUAAUUGUACGAACGAUGUUGGCAUCAAGAUUUGAAUUGAUUCUAACAAACAUUUAUUUAAAAAUAAUUCUGUCACUUGUUAAUGAGUAUUUCUUAUUUUAUUCAACAAUUGACGCUCAAGAUCAACGAUUUCGUUUAUUAAAUUUUGAAAACGUACAGGCUUAUUAUUAGUGUAUGACAUAUAAAAACGAAAGAAAUUCGUAACGGCCGGUAAGUGCAUUUAAAGAAACGGCGGUUCCUGAAGGAUGAAGCUCACCGCGUGUAUGUUAAUCUCAAUGAUGAAAGUUUUAGAAUGAAACCACGGUGAAAUAUCCGCGAAACACAGGCAGACCAAUAAUUUACAAUUUGUGUAGUCCGACAAAACGGAGCGCAAAAAUAAAUUCAUGAAAAAUUGAA